GAGACUGUCUGAGGGCCUUGAUGAUAUAAAUGUGAAUAUGGAAAUGACACUCAAGACAAGAAGAGCAAUCCUACUAGAAGAAACUAUGAUGACAAUUACAUUGGGGCCUAUGAACAGGACAUCCGCUUACAUGUUUGGCAGUUCUUCUGAGGGCACAACUACAAAAGGAAUUAAUUCAGAUACAGACUAUCUAAAAUGUUAUCAUAAUUAUAAUGUGAUACAGGACUAUGCAGAAUGGAAACUUGGCUUCAGUAAUCUACUGAUGAUCCAGAACAAUACUACAUCACCCGGUUACUGUCAUCUACAACAGAUCUACAGUGAUAUACCUCUUCCUGCUACACAUGUUCUAGAUGAGGACCAUGUUAGAGAUUCAAGUGGGAGGUUGUUGUUAAAGAAUACUCUUGAUAGAGGUAUAAUGCCUGCAGGUAUGGUAAAACAUGGUCCAUCAAUGGUUAAGCUGGGAAUACCUGGUGUAGUAGAGAGUGACAAUGUUCUUGCUUUCCACUGUAAGUCAUGGCCCUAUGAAGCAAGAGCCUGGUUGGACAGACAAGGAAUAGGACGUUGGCCCACUGCAGACAUGAAAAGAUUUGCAGAAAAUAAUGGAUGUUUUGUUGUUCCUGUUGGAAGUAAAGUUAGCCAGAGUCCAGAGCUUGAAUGGAGAAUUUCUACCUCACAAGCAGAGAGAUGUUUAAUGUUUAGUUUAAACAUUACACAAAUACGCUGCUAUGUGUUGAUGAAAAUGAUUCUGAAAACAUUCCUUCAUCAUGCUGGUGAAGGUAAAAUAACAAGUUUUAUGUGUAAAACAGUUCUGUUACAUUGUAUUGAAAACACACAUGUAAAUGCUUGGCAGGAAAGUAAUUUAUUUACAUGUUUAUCAUGUUGUUUACAUGUACUAUACAACUGUUUACAACAAGAAAACUGCCCACAUUUCAUUAUACCAGAAAAUAACCUGAUGGCAGGCCAGUUUUCACCUGAAGUCAAAGCUUUGUUGCUAGAAAGGAUGUUUCACUUAAUACAAAGUGAAGGUCAAGCAUUGCUUGGGAUUCAGAUUGAUGAACUUGGUCAAAGAUUACAGAUCAAACUGAACAGGUUAUAUCAGAUACCAGAAAAUAUUCAUUCUAAACAGAGAAUUUGUCUCAGGAUUUCAGGAGGACUAUUAAUGAGCACAGUUGCAGUAAUCUCUAGGUGUAUUAAUGAAAUGCUAUCAAGAACAAUUCAAAACAAUCCUGUAACAACUCUACAGAACUUGCUCAUAGUAAAAACAAAUUACGAGAGAUUUUAUAGAGAAGGAAGUAGAUUAGAACAGAGAGCAAGCAGUCUCCUAGCACCACUGGUCUACUCAACAUUGGGAACCAUAAUAGCCUCUAUAAGUAUUCAUGAAAACAACACCAUACCUCAAGAAGCCCUAGACUGGUUAUCUGAAGGUUUGAAUUCUGAUGUUGCUUCUGGCAGACUGAAACUUGCAUCUGUGUUCUACAGUGUGGGGAAAAUGGUAGAAACAGAAUUCAUUUUAAGAAAUACAAAGGGACAUUAUGACUUCAACAAGGUUGAACCUGUGUGCGCUGGCUAUGCUUUUAAAGGUACAGUACGUGUAUUGCCUCGAAUAGCUGCAUAUCAUCAAAAUGAAGAAGCUGUAAAAAGUGUCUGUGCAUUGUGCAUCAAAUUCAUCCCUGCCGAGAUUCAUUGUGUUCCUCGGGAACUGCAGUAUGAAAUGUUCCGUUCAACUCAAGAGGACUUGCAGUAUAGAGAUGAAUUUUAUGAAUACUGGAUGGACUGGGCAGUUGUAGACUCUCUACCUUACCUCUAUUUCCUACAAUACAAAACCUACAGACACCUUCAGAGGUUUGAUGAUCAGCAGCAAGCACUUGCUAAUCUCUCUAGAACAAUUGGAAUAGAGAUGAACGUUGGUCACAGGGAGACAGCCUUGAAUCUUCUAGGCCAGUGCCUGGAACAGGAGAACCAGCCUAACAACGCUUUAUACUGCUACAUGAUUUCAUUGAGAGUCAGAGAAAGAAAUAACGCAGCAAAAGUCCACAUCUGUAGACUUUUAGCAAACUUAGUGGGAGCGCAAUCAUGA